AUGAUGACCACCUGGUUGCAAAGAAACCACAAAUCUCAGAAAGUGGCUUCUAAAGGGAGAAGUAUUUCUACAUACAUAGACAAUCAAACUAUAGUGACAGAGUUUAUCCUCUUAGGACUUUCCAGUGAUCCAAAGCUCCAGAUCUUCCUCUUUAUUGUAUUUCUAUUAAUCUAUUUGAUAACCCUGUUUGGCAACCUGGCUAUUAUUGUGGUGAUAAAAGUAGCUCCUCAUCUUCACACGCCCAUGUACGUCUUCCUUUCUUAUUUAGCAUCACUUGAUGUUGCUUUUUCCUCGGUUACUGUUCCUAAAAUGCUUGAAAACUUUUUUUGGGAGAAAAAGGGUAUUUCAAUUCAUGGUUGUUUUACCCAGGUCUUCUUUGGUAUGUGCCUUUUGGUGGGAGAAGGUCUUCUCCUCUCCGUGAUGGCCUAUGAUCGGUACAUAGCCAUCUGCCAUCCAUUGCAUUAUGCAGUGAUGAUGAGUAAGCAGCUUUAUUCUCAGUUAAUAUGUGGUGCCUUGCUUACUGGCUUCCUCUAUGCUCUGCUAAACACCCUUCUGCUGACAACUUUAAAAUUCUGUGGCCCCAACAUAAUUCAUCACUUCAGUUGCGAGCCUCCACAACUGUUUGAACUCUCUUGCAGCAACACUUUUGCCAACCAUAUGGUGAUUUUUACCCUGGGCUCAUUUUUAGGAAUGGGAGCUCUACUCCUAACAUUAGCGUCCUAUGUUCGCAUAAUCUCCGCUGUCUUAAAAAUUAGUUCCACAGAAGGGAAACGUAAAGCUUUCUCCACAUGCUCUUCUCAUAUGACUGUUGUCAUUCUAUAUUAUGCAACUAUUUUCUUCAGGUACUUGAAACCCACCUCAAAAGACUCUCAAGAUCAAGAGAUGGCACCCUCUGUGGUUUACUUUAUUUUGACUCCCAUGUUAAACCCCAUCAUUUACAGUCUUCGGAAUGAAGAAGUGAAGAGAGGUUUGCUAAAUAUAGUGUCCAGGGUAUCAGAAAGUGACAAUGUAUGA